AUGCCGGCCAGAGCCGGAGACAGGCAGCCGUCGGGCCGCCAGACGCCAUUCCGAUGGCUCCAGGAUGCGGCCCACGCGACGAGCGCCUCCCGCGUGGUGCAGCGCGUUCUGGGCGUGGACCGCAAGGCCAGCAACCGAGCUGGCCCGUCCGCCAAUCCCGGUGCAGAUCGCGAGGCGGGCGCGGCGGUGGCGCCAAACUCGGUGGAAGACAAGGUGUCUGCUGCCCUGCGCUCCAACGCCACUUGCAGCAUCUGCAUGGACAUCCUUGCUGCCCCACAUCGCAACUUUUGUGGCCAUGCCUUCUGCGGCGCUUGCCUUGGAAGCUGGGCUGAGAAAGGCGCACGGCUGAGGUGCCCUGUCUGCCGGAAGCGCCUCCGAGACGUGGUCCCUGAUGUUGUGUUGGAGGGUUUUAUUGACAGUCUGUCAGCGUCAGGCUUGUCAAGUGAAGACCUCGCAAAUCUGAAGGAGCGCAGCCAUUCCUGGGCAGAUGUGAAAGAGGAAAUGUAUGAGUCGUGGAUAAGGAUGGGAAUAAAAGUGGACAACAGUAAAGAGAGCUCUGGGGAUUGCAGCACAGAUGAUAGUGAGGAUGGUGACGAACGUCCUGUACUUGAUGACCUGUAUGAUGACCCCAACGAAGAUUUGGAUAUUGAUACCAUUCGUGCACUCGAGAGACUCGAACUUACUGACUCUGACUCAGAUGACGAGCCCCAGUGCGUGACCCCAGGCAACCUGGACUGGACAAGCCCGCUGUACGAUCCCAUAGAAUGGAAUUUCGACGAUCACCCAGAUGCUGCCGAUCCUGAUUCCGAAAUCCAGACCUCGACUGACAUUGAAGAUCCGGUGCUCGAGGGCGAGCAGAACAGCGAGUGGGAUCGGCCAAUUGACGACCCUACAUCCACAGAGUGGAGUUUCGAUGCUCAGUUGGAAGCCGUCGAUCCAAGCUCUGAUGCCACACUGGUGCCAGAACUGUUUCGCAUGCGGCUGCAGAAAAUGUACGAGAGGGGAGGGGAGGGAUGGAACUUGUACGAGUGCAGUGUUGGAGACGUGGACCCAGAGUCGGAAGGCGAAACAGAAUCCGGCAGCGAUCACAGGGAGCAGCUGUUGGGGGGCAGAGCAUCUGAGGACGCUGGCUGCGACUGUUCUGACCUUUGUGGUGAGGCAGUAGAUCGGCAUAGGCUGGUGGCAUGGGAAGCUCCAGGCGAAGGAGCGAGAACAAGCUCAGGUGAGGACUAUGGAGAGAACGGGUGCCCCUUUGGAUCAGAUGGAGAGCUGUCCCUGCCAGACCCAUCGAUGACCCAUGACUUCUUGGACUAUCCUCACUACUUUGAUGAAGAGCCACAUGCCCUGGAAUCGAGCCAGGGUGCCACAGAUUCGGAGCACGGGGGCCUCAUCAGCAGCGAAGGUCAGCCGUCUGAGUGGGAGGGUCUGUACGAUGCAGCCUCGGAGUGGCUGGCCCUCGAGUGUGGAACAGCAGACCCGGAUCUUGAAUCAGGGGAGGAGACCAGCAGCAGUGAUGCAGAAGACUGUGGGGAUGUUGGGGCCGAUGUCUGUGAUGAUGGGCCUUCAUGGUCCGACUACGGACAAGACAGCGGCUGCAGUUUCAGCGGUUGUGGGAUUGAGGGCGAACAGCCGGAUGACUCGUAUUCAGAUCCCAGUGGGGUGCCAAGCUGUGACUGCAAUUGCGACGAUGGUUGGGAGGCUGCCUCCAGCCUUGGAUUGCCUUCGCAGUGUGAGGAUUCAGGGUCUGAGUGA